AUGGAUGUUCGACCCGACGACGUAUCAAAGGCGUUUGACAAAGUUCCAUCUUUUGGAAUCCCUGUUGGCUUAUGCAAAUGGAUCUCCGAUUUUCAUGUUGGACGAUCAAUAAGAGUAGUCCUCGAUGGCUUCACUUCAAGUCAGCAACCGAUUAAAGCUGGCGUCCCUCAGGGAUCGGUGCUGUCUUCAACACUAUUUCUACUGCACAUCAACGAUCUGCUCAAAGCCGGUACCUUUGGGUAUGCAGAUGACACAACAGUCACAGCCAAAUAUCUAUCCAUGGCAAAAGCCAGCAAGCGUGAGGUCAAGUCUUGUCAUGAGUUCCUUAUUAAACGCUUAAAUUUGGCUCUUCAGGAUGUCUCUGAUUGGGGCGAUGCCAAUCUGUUCCAAUUUAACGUGUCCAAAACACAAGUCCAUUUCGUAUGGCUCCAAUAUUCCGAGAUGCGGUCGGUGGGCCGCGGCGAGGUGCUGGUGUCGCUGUGCUGGCAGCCGGCCGCCGCGCGCCUCACCGUGGUACUGCUCAAGGCGCGCAACCUGCCCAAGAUGGACGUCACCGGACUCGCUGACCC